CGCCAUUCCCGUUCCCGGGCCGUGCCGCGGUGCUCGCCGGGACGGGGCGGGGCGGCGGCGGCGGGCGCGGAGGCCCAGGAUGGCGGAGAGACCCGAGGACCUGAACCUGCCCAACGCCGUCAUCACCCGCAUCAUCAAGGAGGCGCUCCCUGAUGGAGUCAAUAUUUCCAAAGAAGCCCGGAGCGCGAUAUCCCGAGCAGCAAGUGUGUUUGUGCUGUAUGCAACAUCCUGUGCAAAUAACUUUGCCAUGAAGGGGAAGAGGAAAACGCUGAAUGCUGGUGACGUGCUCUCUGCCAUGGAGGAGAUGGAGUUCCAGAGGUUCAUGGUCCCUCUGAAGGAGUCCCUGGAAGUUUACAGGCGUGAGCAGAAGGGAAAGAAGGAAGCCAGGAAAGAUAAAGACAAGAAGGCAGACUCAGAGGAGCAGGACAAAAGCCGAGAGGAAGACAAUGAUGACGACGAUGAAAGGAUGGAGGAGGAAGAGCAGAACGACGAGGAAGAGGUGGACAACUGAGCUGGCUGAGAGGGGCUGGGCUGUGUGCAGAGGGAUAUAAACACUGUAAAUCAACCUUGCUGUGUCCCCUCUUGUUUCCCUUAGAGCUUUGUGCUGUCCCUCUGCAGCCUGUCCCUUUUGGGCUUUAAUUUGGACAUAAAGGACUUGUGCUGAAGCUUUUUCCAUGGCAGGGCAGCUCCUCCUGGUGCCUGGGGGGCUUGGCCCUCUCCCUCUUCUGGGCAGACCUUUGAUGCUGGGCUGGCUCUGAAAUAGAGGAAAAAAGAGCUGGCAGGUGCUCAGUGCAGGAGCUGAGCAGGAGAACAUGGGAACUCUUGAAUAUCAGGGGCUGAGCCCAACAGACCAUUAACCCCCUGGGGUGUAGAACCCAGGUGAUGAUGUCAGGAGGCUUGGAAGCUGGACAUUUAAGCUUUGAUCCAAGGAACUCCCAAGUUUUUUCCCUGUGUUUCCUUGCAUCCUGGCUGUGCCUUCUCUCCCUGCUGUGCUGUGACAGUGCCUCUGUCCUUCAGCCUGAGCAGCACUACAGGGGCCAUGAGUCCACUCACUGAUCACCCAAACCACCCUAAAUCCAAAAACUUCACAGCACUGGAAGUGUGAACAGAACACUGAAAGCGUCUUUAGAGCCCUGAGAGACCAAGAGGAAAUUAAUUUAACAUCUGAAGCAAAAUGAAGGGCUAAAAUGAGUGUCAGGGGUACAAAGAGGUGGCUUUGUGCAGUGCUGGGUGUGGUGGUCUCACCUGUCCCUGCUCUGAGGAGCUGCAGCUCCUGCAGGAAGUUUAAAUGUGGCAGAACAGAGUGGUGGAUUGUGGUGCCUUGUUUUUGUUUUCUUUUUUUAAUUUUCCCAAUUGGAAUGGACUAAUUCCAUCCAAGGUCCCUCUGUAGCCUUUGCCAGUCAUUCCAGGGACAUGGAUCCCCCCUGGUGCAAUGGGCAGGACGUGCCCACCCAGGAGGCUCAACCUCAGGCCUCUGGUUUCCAAAAAAGGCUCCUGCAGGAAAAGAAGGUUGAAAUAAGCUGUUGGUAUCUCUUGUGCCUGUGCAGGUUUGUGCUUUUCCACUUGGACUGUUAGUUUUGGUGCCUUUCCUUUCUCUCUCUGAGAAGGUACCUAUAGAGGAAGCUCCUUUCAGGGGAAAAUGCUUUAUUUGACUUUUUGAAGACUAAUACAUCUAAUGUUUGAACUUAACAGAUGGGUGAAGGAAACCUGAGGAAAGCUUUAGGUGCAUCUAAGUAGAAACCACGAGUUUUGCUGAUGAGCAGUUUUAAAAUAGCACUUGUGGGGACUCAUUGAUCCUUUCCACCAAAAGAAAUUGCUGCAGAGCCACCCACAAGAGCCAACCCUGCCUUCCUGCUUUUCUGGCACACUGGAUUUUCACACACACAAGGCCAGCUCCUGAAAAAGAACUGAAUCAACACAGAUUUUCUGCUGUCUAGUUUCUGCUGGCCUGCAGUCAGCACAUGGAAAGCCUGAGCCUGAAUGUCUUCCCAAACAUCUCUGAUAAACACCUGCCUUCCAGCUCUUUUUCUUUCUUUUUUUUCUCUUCAGUACAUAUCUGGGGUGCAUAUUCUGGAAGGGAAUGAUGCCUAAAUAAAAGCCAGAUUUUUUUUU